AGGGCUGACUGCAGCGGGUGCUCCUCCCCCCCUUCUGUCCUCCUGGAUUCAUUGGAGAGCAAACUUGUGGAGGCUGCUAGAUGUCUCACCCCGGCAAAAAACCAAAACAAGACAAAAUCCCUCACCCAAUUCUUUUCUUUGGAAUGAUUUCACCUGGGGAAGGCUGGCCUUAAAUACUUUUUUAAAAAAGAAGGGGGAAGAACCUUUCAGCCAAGGAGUUUCUACAAGGCAGAUGAAAGGAACUCAAGGUACAUCAGAGGUGCAAGUCAAAUUAUUUGGAAGAGAAGACAACUAAACUCGAAGAAGGAAAACAAACACUAAUAACUCUGUGCCUGCUCCCUGGGCAAAGCCCAGAGAAGGACCCCCAACUAAAAAACAGUGAAUGGUAUUUUUUUUAAAUGACACAGAAACCCAAAUGGGAAUAAAGGGGCGUUGCAGAAGAAUGAAAGAAGGUUAAGGCCUGGAACUAAGGAGGAGGAAGCUGUAGAAGGAACUGCAGUGCCCAGGAGGAGGCUUUCUUUUCAAAUCAAAGCAAAAGGCACUGGAUGGAAAGAACCUGCCAUGGAUCCUCUGUGCUUCUUGGGAAAUGAUCCAUGGACUUAUAACUGCUCCUUCAACAAUUACACACUGGAGAACCAGACCUCCCAGACCAACCAAACUUUUCCCAUUAAAAGGAAUGAGGACGUUGCCAAGGUGGAGGUGGCAGUGCUCUGCCUCAUCUUCUUCCUUGCCUUGACUGGAAACUUGUGUGUACUUAUGGCUAUCUACACCACCCGUCACAAGCAUUCCCGCAUGUACUUCUUCAUGAAGCACCUAAGCAUUGCUGACCUGGUUGUGGCUAUCUUCCAGGUCUUGCCUCAACUCAUUUGGGACAUCACCUUCAGGUUCUAUGGGCCAGAUUACCUCUGCAGGUUGGUCAAGUACCUGCAGGUGGUAGGAAUGUUUGCUUCCACUUACAUGCUCCUGCUGAUGUCUUUAGAUCGGUGCUUGGCCAUCUGUCAACCUCUGCGGUCUUUACACAGAAGGUCUGACCGUUUGUCUGUCCUCCUCACUUGGAUAGUGUGCCUUGUUUUCAGCAUCCCGCAGCUCCAGAUAUUUUCCUUGAAGGAGGUGGCUCAUGGAGGGGUUGAUUGUUGGGCAACAUUCAUCCUACCUUGGGGACCUAAAGCCUAUGUCACCUGGAUAACCUUGACUGUCUACAUCAUCCCUAUGUUUGUCCUGAGUGUCUGCUAUGGCUUGAUCAGCUUCAAAAUCUGGCAGAACAUUAAAUUAAAAACAGUCCAUGAGACCAAUCUCAACCUGACCUCUAGUCAUUACCAUGGGGGUACUCUGUCAAGGGUGAGCAGUAUAAAGCUCAUUUCCAAGGCCAAGAUCCGGACAGUCAAGAUGACCUUCAUCAUAGUCUUGGCAUUUGUUAUGUGCUGGACUCCUUUUUUCAUUGUUCAGAUGUGGAUUGUCUGGGAUGAAAAUGCUCCAAAAGAAGAGUUGGCAUUCAUUAUCACCACACUCCUGGCAAGCCUCAACAGCUGUUGUAACCCUUGGAUCUACAUGCUUUUCACGGGUCAUCUCUUCCAUGACCUUUUACACCGGUUUCUCUGCUGUUCCUCACGGUAUUUAAAAUCCCGGCAAGGAUGUGACCUGAGUGUCAGCAAGAAGAGCAACUCUUCUACCUUCGUCCUGAGUCUCAAAAGCUCCAGUCAAAGAAGUUUCACCCAGCCAUCCACAGCAUGAAGAGGAGGGCUCUCCUGUCCAGCUCUCCAUGUCUGUCUGGCUCCCCAUGAACUCUGCCAUAAUGAGCCGGAUAGACAGUGUGUACAUAUUUAAAAUUGAGAGGCUAAGAUAUACAAGAUUGUUUGGAUGUAAAUACAAAUAUACAUACAAAUAUACAUACUAUAUAGAUACAAUGUAUUUUAAAUGUAUUGUGUAUGGGGAUUAUUUGUUAUUUAACAGAGAGACAUGAUAGAAGAAAGUUGACUAUAGUCUAAAUAAUCUUUCAGGCUAGAAUCCUCCAUAGCUAUAUCUCCCCCUAAAACUGUCUUUUAAGUGUCACAACUCCCACAUCAGUGUCAUUUCCAUGUUUUUAGAGAGCAGGGGGACCAGUAAAAGUGCAUCCAGCUAUUUUUCUGGAUCUGGAUUAGCUGCAACAGGCAUUCAUAGGGACUGCUGGGGGUCCUCAGGAGGUCCCUGCAGAUGGUGUGCUUUUAGAACAUCAAGCUACAGGAAAAUAGAUGGAGAUGCCUCACCUGAUGCCACCUCUCCCUUCUACUUUCAAAUGAUAGAAAUAUAGUAGACUCUCAAUUAUCCAACAUAAAGAGGCCGGCAGAACAUUGGAUAAGAGAAAAUGUUGAAUAAGGAGGGAUUAAGGAAAAACCUAUUAAACAUCAAAUUACAUUAUGAUUUUACAAAUUAAGCACCAAAACAUCAUGUUUUACAACAAAUCGAAAGAAAAA